AUGACUCCCAAACGGUCCAACAAACCCCCCAGGCGGUCCCUCUACCCCUGCGUCACCUCCUACCUUAUCCAGGUCCUCCAAGUCUUGUCAGCAUGCACCGUCUCCGGCGUCAUGUUCUUCUUCAUCUCGCAUCUCCACGGGAAGAGCUAUACCAUGCCCUGGAUGUUCUUCAUGCUCCAAGCCUCAGCUCUCCUAACCCUGAUCGCGAUCCUGGGUCUCUCCAUCUGGGGAUGCCUGCGCGGCCCCAUCCCGCUCAUUGGAAGCAUCAUCCACGGGGUGCUGUUUGUCUCCUGGGGCAUCGGGUUCGGCCUGCUCGCGCACGCGAUGAGCACAACCAUCACCAGGCCCUGUACGACUGUGUAUUGGGGCAACAGCCAGGGUGUCCAGAUCUGCACUCUGUACAAGGCCCUGUUUGCGGGUGCUGCCAUGGGAGUUCUGUCCACUCUCGGGGCAACGGCCGUAGAGAUCUCAGCCAGCCGCAAGCUGGCUGCAAUGAGAAGGCGACAGCCCGAAGACACGGUGGUGCUGCUCACGAAAGGACCCGCUGAUACUCGCUACAUGCCCGUCUGGGGUGACGAUGUUCAUGGGCGGACACAUCAGUACUCGGGGAGAGGCUGAGCUGGGGGACCACCCCCUGAGCUGCAGUUCCACAAAUCAAGCAUGUAAUUAACACUUGACGAGAUGUGGUUGGAACUAUUAGGCAAUCGGGACUGCGAAACGGAACAUGGUUUUUAUUUUCUCUGUCGUUUAGUCA